AUGUUGAAAAGACUUCAAGAAUUUACAACAAGUCAUCGUAUUCUUAAAGAUGAGCAAUUUGGGUUUAAACAAAAUAGUACAACUUCAUUAGCAUGUUUUAACUUGAUUAAAAUAGUCACCCAGGCUAUAAAUGAUGGCUUACCAGUUGCGGCAGUCUUCCUGGACAUGAGCAAGGCGUUUGAUUUCGUGGACCACAAACUACUCUUAUUCAAAUUAGAAAAAUAUGGAAUAAGAGGUAAAGCUAACGACUGGUUGAGAACUUACUUAUGUGACAGACAACAAUGCGUGGAAAUAUCUAAAAUCCAUAAAGGCAAAAAAGUUUUAUAUAGAAGUGACUAUCAGUCAAUUAAUUUUGGCGUGCCACAAGGCAGUAUAUUGGGACCAUUUUUAUUCCUCAUUUAUAUUAACGAUCUCCCUAAUAUCACUCGCCAUAACACAAUCUUGUUUGCUGAUGACACAACCGUUAUCGUGAAAUGUGAAAAUGCAGAUACAUAUGAACUAGAGGUAAAUAUGGCUAUUAAAAACAUAAUAGACUGGCUUUAUUGUAAUAAUUUACAAAUUAAUAUUGAUAAAACUAAAAUGAUCCAAUUUCAAACAUCUAAAAGACAACCAUUGAAUAUUAAUGUUAAAUAUAAGGAUACAAUCAUCGAACAAGUAGUAAGUACAAAAUUUCUGGGUAUAAUGUUGGAUCAAAAUUGCAACUGGAAAACUCAUGUCGAUUACAUUUGUGACAAACUCGACAGAUUUGUCUAUGCAAUAAAAAGAUUACGAGUCACGGUAUCAACUGAAGCUGCUCUAUGUGCAUAUCACGGUUAUGUUUCGUCCGUACUCUCAUAUGGUAUUUUAUUGUGGGGCAACUCGGUGGAUAUAAAAAAAGUGUUUAGAGUACAAAAGAAAUGUGUGCGUGCAAUCUAUGGAGCCUGGUGUACGGAUAGCUGUAAGCCUUUGUUUAAAAAGUACAAUAUCUUGACAUUACCAUGCUUGUACAUUAAAGAAGUAUGCCUAUUUGUAAAACAACAUCCGGAACACUUUGAAAAGCAUAUAGAUGUAAGUAAACGAAAUGUAGCUCCUAGAAAUAAACAUAAGCUCUAUUUACCUCAAUGCAGACUAGAAUUGCAUAAAAGGAAUUCUUAUGUAAAUGCUAUAAAGGUAUAUAACAAAUUGCCCAACUCAUUUAAAGAAUUACCUUUAACCAUGUUUAAAAAAAAGUUGACACAAUGGUUAAAGGAAAAAUGUUUUUACGACUUCAAGGAAUUUAUAUCUUAUUGCGAAAAAUAA